AUGGCCGACUUUGCCAAGAAUAGGUCCCCAGUUGAGCUGAACUCAGCUCAGGGGACUCAGCUCAAGGGACUCAGCUCAGAGGGCUUACACGGCCAUUCGUUUUUAUUUGGCCAUCUCCUUUACCUCAAAAAGAUUCUUGACCGCUUGCCAAGGGAUGCUCACUAUCAGCUUGGCUUCGCGACGAUUGCUCGAGAGCAGUUCUAUGAGACUGGCGCCUUCUACAUGGACCUCUGGCCGAUGAGCGGGUUGCUCUUUGCUGUAGUCUCACCCAAGAUUGGUAUGGAGAUCACACAACAAAACCCUAGGCUUACAUCUGAGCGCCCUAAACAGCUGCGUCAGUUCCUUAAACCUAUUACCGGCGGCUCCACACUUUUCGACAUGGAAGAGAAAGAAUGGAAGCCAUGGCGUGGAAUUUUUAACAAAGCGUUUCAUAGCGAUCGAGUCAUGUCCCUCGUGCCUGGCAUUGUGCAGGAGGUAUUAGUCUAUGCCCAAACCUUGCGUGGCCUAGCGGAGACCGGAGAAUUGUGCUUUUUAGACCCAAUCACGCUUCGUUUCACGAUCGAUGUAAUUGGGAAAACAAUCUUGAAUAGCUCGUUAGGUGCACAGAGAGGCUAUAAUGCUUUAGCAGACGGCAUGCUGAGCCAGAUCCAGUGGCACAACUCGAAUGCGGCCAUCAAUCCUUUCAGCCGGCUCAACUUUUUGCGCUACUUUAUCCAUUGGAAAAACGGCCGGCAGAUGGACCGAUACAUCGGUGCUGAGCUUGACAAGCGGUACGCAGAGUACCGGGCUGACCCGAAUGGCACAAAUUCCAAGUCAGUGAUGGACCUAGUCCUCCAGGCGUACGUGGACAAAUUCUCUCUGCCUCCGGAGAAGCUUGACGCCAACUUCCGUGCUUUCGCGAUCCACCAGAUUCGGCUCUUUGUCUUCGCAGGACACGAUUCAACGAGCACUGUCAUCUGCUAUUGUUUCCACCUCCUUCAUAAGAACCCAGAGGCACUUGCCCAGCUGCGUGCAGAACACGAUAAAGUGCUAGGUCCCAAUCCGGCUGCAGCAGCAACAGUCAUCAGGGAGAACCCUCGCGUGGUAAACAGCCUACAAUACACCCUUGCCGUCAUUAAAGAAUCAAUGCGCUUUUUCCCGCCUGCAGGCGCUACCCGUGCGGGAAAGCCGGGCAUCAAUGUGACAGAUGAUGCCGGUAACCCUUGUCCAACAGAGGAUGCUAUGCUAUUGGUCCUGCACAGUGAAAUGCAAACUUCGGAAAAGUACUGGGUGAAACCAGAUGCCUUCUUACCGGAACGUUGGCUCGUUCCCCCUGACCAUGAGUUAUACCCUUGCCCCGGAGCCUGGCGUCCCUUUGAACUCGGGCCGAGAAACUGCGUUGCACAAGCAUUGUCGCUCAUUGAACUGCGCGUCAUUCUCGCAUGUUUGGUUAGGACCUUCGAGGUUGUGCCAGCCUACGAUGAGUGGGACGCCAGCAAUUCAAUGAAGGGGUCGAAACACUACCGAGGCGAGCGGGCGUAUCCAGUUGAAAGCGGAGCUGCACAUCCAACGGCGCAAUAUCCUUGUCAUGUUCAGCUAGCACAAUAA